GCUGGUCUGCCUCACGGGCGCCGGAUUUUCCACGGAGUCCGGGAUCCCGGACUACCGGAGCCCUGGGGGCUCCUACUCCAAGGGCCACAAGCCCAUGACCCACCAGGAGUUCGUGUCCAGCUGCCUGAACCGCCGGCGCUACUGGGCCCGCUCUCUGAGGGGCUGGCGCUACUUCGAUGGCGCGGCGCCGAACUCGGCGCACCGAGCGCUGGGGGUGUUGGAAGACGCCGGGUACGUGCAGGCGGUGAUCACUCAGAAUGUCGACGGUUUACAUCAGAGGGCUGGGUCUCGGAACGUGAUCGACCUCCACGGGCGCAAUGACCAGGUGAUGUGCCUGACCUGCUCUCGCACUCGUCCUCGGGCCGGCUACCAGCUGGAGCUUGAGGAAGUGAACGCCGCGUGGAUGGAAGCCUUCCUCCCCCCACAGGAGGUCAUGGACAUCCGCGCCGACGGCGAUGCCCACCUGGACGUCCGCAGCUUCGACGGUUUCGUGGUGCCUCCCUGCAAAGCCUGUGGGGGGGUCUGGAAGCCGCGGGUGGUCUUCUUUGGCGGAUCCCUGGAGUCCUCGGUGAAGCUCGAGGCCCAGGAGGCGCUGCGCGGAGCGGAGGCUCUCUUGGUGAUGGGAACCUCUGCAAAGGUCUUCAGCGCCUUCUCUUUGAUCCGGCUCGCGGCGGAGGCCAAAAAGCCGGUGGCCUUGGUCAACAUUGGGGAGACCCGCGCCGAUCCCCUGGUUUCUCCCGACCUCCGCAUGCAUAUGCGCUGCAGCGAAGCGCUGUCUGCCGCGGAGCCCCUCUUCCGGCGACUCAGCAACGCCCUGGAGUCUCCCGAACCCCAGGUGAUUGUCUUCUUCCUGAAGGCCGUUAAGCAGCUACGAGCCCGCAUGAGCAACAUCGGAGAUGCAUGCAUCAUUCCACUCGCGGUGGGUAGCACUGUGGUGCCCCUGAUGCUCGAGAAGACAGAGGGCAAGGAGGGCCCCAACUACCGCCUCACCAUCUGCAACGGUGGGCCAGGGGUCCUCUACCACAGGCAGUCGGCGCGGAGCCCCCCGAAGCUCAAGCAUCAGACUUGCAUGACCUUCGACGGCAUCCCCGCCGAGCGCGCGGAAGACGAGGCCUUCUGGACCACCAUGGUCACUGCGUGUCUGAUCUCCAGCGAGAGGGAGCCCGAAGAUCUUCUCUACGACGUCUUCCUGCCUUACCUCAUCAAGGCGCCGGCCGUCGUGGAUGCGCUGUAUCCCAAGGAGGGAGCGAAGAUGCUCGAGGGCCUCAGCAUCCCGGACUCCGACUUCCACUCCCGACCCAGGGCCUUCGGCCCCUGGCGCGGCCUCACGCUCCUGUGGAAGCAUCUCCUGAGAUCCAAGGCCGGGCUCACGAAGCAGCAGGUGAAGGCCGUCAAGUGGGAGCUCCGGGCCACAAUGGUGGACAUGUGCGUCCACGACCUGAAAGCAUCUAAAGGCCUCGACUCCACGGACCUCCGGCUGCUGAAGCUGGGCUGCGGCACCAUGUCCUUCGCGGCAGUCAGGAACCAUACCUGUGCCACAGACUGCCGGUCGGACGAGGACUCCCUGAGCCUGCCUGCAGCCAACCACUCCCUCUUCGCCUGCAAGAAGUUGGUCGAUGCUAUCGACGUCCUCUGCUCGCAGAAGCCGCGGACCUAUGAGGGCCAGGAUGGCAGCGGUGAGUUCUCUUCCUACCUGGACCUGGACACCGGGGAGGAGAAAGUCAGCCAAAGUGCGAUCUUCCCCUUCUUCGACCGUCUGCUCCGGCAAGAGGUCUUUCCCGGCAAGCCGAAGGGGGUGGCUGACCAGCUUCCCAUCGACCUCCUGGCUUUGCCGGAAAAGGUAAACUCCAUGACCGAGUUCUUCCGGACACUGCGCAUAGCCGAGGAGAUUUGCCUCAAGCUCUCUUUCAUCAGUCGGGAGCGCUGCGAGUAUGCGCCCUACCUCUUGGUCUGCCUCCAGCAGCACCUCUUCACGAAGCUGCUGCCCUUGCCGAGGGGUCCCUUCUCUUCGAAGUUGGAGGAGUGUGACAUUUGGGGCGGCUGGGACUCCUCGCAUCCGACGGUGACGCGCCCGAUGCAGCUGGACAUGCUGCAGGUGCUCUGCCGACUAACGGAGCCGCUCG